UGCCUCCAGCCCGCGGGGGUCGACAGCGGCUCUUGAGCCCCCAGCCCCAAUCCACAGAGCUCAGCUUUCCCAUUCAUUAUUGAUCAUAUUUUAUAAAUCCAACGCCACACAAUUUUUUCCACAUUACUGCGGGCGGUGGGGAGGCCGGUCAAUCAUUGGUGGAGGGGAUAUCACGUGGGUCGGGGUCACGUGGUCCGGAGAGGAAAAAGGGGGUCCUUUUUGGUGUAAAUCUGGACUCUAAUUCUGUAAUAUAUCAAGGAAUCUCGUAAAACCGACACUAAAACGUCCCUGCCUACAAAUCAUCCGGCCAAAUUAUGAGUUCAUUGUAUUAUGCGAAUGCUUUAUUUUCUAAAUAUCCAGCCGCAAGUUCGGUUUUCGCUACUGGAGCCUUCCCCGAACAAACUUCUUGUGCGUUUGCUUCCAACCCCCAGCGCCCGGGCUAUGGAGCAGGUUCGGGCGCCCCGUUCGCCGCCUCGAUGCAGGGCUUGUACCCCGGCGGGGGGGGCAUGGCGGCCCAGAGCGCGGCCGGCGUCUACGCGGCCGGCUACGGGCUCGAACCGAGUUCCUUCAACAUGCACUGCGCGCCCUUUGAGCAGAACCUCUCCGGGGUGUGUCCGGGCGAUUCCGCCAAGGCGGCAGGCGCCAAGGAGCAGAGGGACUCGGACUUGGCGGCCGAGAGUAACUUCCGGAUCUACCCCUGGAUGCGAAGCUCAGGGACUGACCGAAAGCGAGGCCGUCAGACGUACACUCGCUACCAGACCCUGGAGCUGGAGAAGGAAUUUCACUAUAACCGCUACCUGACUCGGCGGCGGCGCAUCGAGAUCGCGCACGCGCUCUGCCUCACCGAAAGACAGAUCAAGAUUUGGUUCCAGAACCGUCGCAUGAAGUGGAAAAAGGAAAACAAGGCCUCAAGCCCGGGGGUCAGCGUCCAGGACAAGACAGAGGCAGAGGAGGAGGAGGAAGAGUGAGGGGCAGAGAAGAGAGAGGGAGAAACCCAGUUCUGGGAACUGAACCUGGGAACUCAAAUAAGGGGGAAAAACUCUAUUUAAAUAAAGCAGUUUGAAAAAUUAAGGAGAGAGAAGGGUGAAAUUUUGGUUUCUCAACACUGUAAAAAAAUACUACCUAUAGUCUGUUGUCUGUUUUUGUACAAUGUGGGAAGGACAUCAUCUACCUGCUCUUUAGCUUUCUGGAAUGUGCCUCCCCUUUUCUAUGUUGCUAGUAAGGUCUUUGUAAAAUCUUGCUGUUUUGUAAGCCCUCUUUGAUGCUAUCUUCGUGGACUGUCGAUCUGGACUAGCCUGUGGUUCCUUGCCUACCCUGUACUUUCCAGUAGUGGCACUGAAAGGGUCUUACGGAGCCCCGAGGACCCACCAACUGACUUGUGUCUGGUGCACCUUGCUGCUCCUUGCUCCUACCAGCCCCCAUGCUCUUCUUUAUGUGUAUCUGAAGGAUGGAAAAUAAAACAGGAUUAAAAAUAAACAGAUGCUCUA